UCCAGGACUAUCGCUCCAUAGAUAACGUCCUCACCUGGCUUCAAACUGCAGAGCUGCAGGAGCCGGAGUUGUCGGAGGUCAUGAGCAUGAGCAGUGCUCCCGCUGCACUGUAGGCCUUGUUGUAGGAGCUUGCCAUUCUCUUGCCGCAGUCGCAGCCGAGCUGGGUGGCAAACUCUCUGUGCAGCACAGCCUCAUGGCGCGGUGCUUGCUGGCCGCCAUGCAGGACGUGGCAGGAGGCUGGCUGGCAGCGGCAACGUGCAGCCGCCAGCAGCGACUGCUGCGCACAGAGCUGUACGACUAGGCUGUGGUGGCGGGGCGGUACUACCGCCGCGGUAGCUGCAGCCGCGUGGCGGCGCUGCUGGUGGUGCUUGGUGUGCAGGCCUGGUGGCAGGGUGGCUAGGCACCGCCGAGGGUGGAAUCGUGGUUGCUUACCAAGGCUGUGCGGCGCCUGCGCCUAUAGGGGCUGCAGGCGACAGGUAUGUUUGUUGCUGGCGGGAUGGAGCAGGGAGCCGCGAUGAUGAGGCCGUGGUGUGGUGUCACGCGAACAUCCUUGCGGUGCUGAUGACUUCGGCGUGUCGCUGGUUGGCAUGUGUUCCAGCGGACUAGAUUUUGGCAUCAAAGGCCUGAAUGGACAACAUGUUUAGGAGGCCCUCCUCCGCCCCCCCUGAUGCUGCACUAAAGUCGGUAAUGUAUUAGCGGCCUUGCCGUUGCAGCUUUUGCAUUGGGGUGGGGUAUCCGUCCAUGUUUCAGCUCUGUAGCCGAAUGAAGCAUAUACUGGUAAAUAACAUGAAGUGCUGGUGGUCUGUGGAUGGCUGCACUUGUGCUGGGUUGUGCUCCAUGUUAGCUGUACGAUUGUUGGGCUGUAGUGCGGUGCUGCCGGCCUGCCAAACAUUCAACGUCUGCACUGUGAAAUCCGUAAUACCCACCUCAACUGGCUUUCAGCAUGACGUGCGUUCACACGGCCUCUGCAACUGGAUAGUGGGCCAACCGGGUACCGUGCUGCUACACGUGAUUCGUGAUAUCAGAAUUCGUGAAAUGUUAUUUUUGGGCCCUGAGAUUUUCACGGCGCGCACCAGAAUUAGGGGGGAGGCCGAGCCGCCCCACUCCAAAAAGGGCAUUUCGAUGAAAAGUGUGGAUAGCCAGGGGAGAGCGGGGAUGCACCAGGGGAGGUGCAGGCCAGGGGAUCGUAGGAAAAUGUGGGCAGCGAGGGGGUAGGGGGAGUGCGCGCAGGGGAGGAAGGUGAAUUUGUUUAUCGUCAAUGUCUUCUCUUCGGCUAGGCGGGGGCAUAUGGACUAUAAGGGUCUUUACUUGGUUGGCCGUGGGCGGCACACACUUACUCGACUCACGACGGUGCCAUCCCCAUCCGUGGAAGCUGGGUCGCUGAUGCAAGCAAGCAAGGACACAGCCUGGUGCAACUCCCGAGUUUCGCCGGAAUUUCGCCCAAGUUUUGCGCGAAUUCCCGAGGAAUUCCCCACCACGAGUUUCCCCGAGUUCCCCGCGCGGGCGGAGCGCGUGCCCACCAGCUCCGCCCGCGCGUGCCCACCAGCGACUAUCAUGCACUCCAGCGAGUCCCGCCCGCACUGCAGCCCAACUCUCAACUCUCAACUGUGCGCCCAUAGCCAGCUUAUGGAAACCGGGUCAGCCCCAUGCGUCUGAUUUUACACGCAGCUCACACACGCAGCUUCCCAGACGGCGCGCGCACGACUGUGCACUCCCACUCGCGUGUCGCGCCAACCACCACACCCGCCGUGUGCAACCGUGCUCAGACGCAGCUUCCCAGACGCGUGCGCGCUCAACUGCCAGCUCCCACUCGCGCGCCUGCCGACUAUCACCAACUGCCCGUGUGCGCCACUACAGUCCGGUAGCUUCCGAGCCGGGCCGCCGUACAACUACCUGCUCACACUCGCGCAGCUGCCGACUGCCACGCUACCGCCUGUCCAUCCCCGGUAUUUCGGGGCACCCUCAUCUAGCCACCCUAGUCAACUUCUUAGUGGAUCGCUCAGGUUCCGUACCCUCCACCAGCAUCCAACGGAAUCUGCCGGGUCGACAGCGGCCCAACUCCAUUCCUGGUCAGCCCGCAGGUCUACUUUAUCCGGGGUCACCAUUGUCCAUCGACUAGGGGCACUCUUACCUUCCACCAUCGGAAGGAUUUUCGAACCUGACAGGUCUCGAUCCCGGAACCUUCGGGGGCAUCGGUGUGUGCGAAUAUAGAAGAUGGAUGAAUCGGUGUGUGCGAAUGUAGAAAGGAUAUGGCUGUGUGCGAUUCGGUGCGAUAUGUGUGUGCGAAUACAAAAAAAUAUAUAUGGAAGGCUUGUUCUGGAAUGCAAACCAUGUUUUAUGGAGCGAUAUUCGCGUUUUCCGGAUGGCAUAUAACGCCGGCCGGCGUUGUAUCAACCGCGGUUGAUAUGAAAGCGCGACAACAUUAUGGUGACUACCUAGGGUAGUCAGCUUCUUCGAAGCUGAAAAGGGUUUGGCGCCGGUGCAGCCAGUCACCCCGCAGUAUUUUGCAGGGGAGGCUGUACGGCACUGGGCUGCACGGGGUCGUGCUUGGAGUAAACGCUCAUUAUUAUGGAAUGCUGCGAGGGCUGGGGUGCAGCGGCCGGCGGCGCUGGAGUGAUGAAAAAGAUAUGUGUGCUAAGGCGCCAAUGCAAAUUCAUGGACGGUGCAAUCAUAUCCAAAGCACCAGGCAUACAUACUUGACCAUCAUUACCCUGCUGUCUGGCCACAUCAAAAUCACCUAUACACGAACAUACACGAUAUUUGCGAUGAUACACACAACGUCUUCGCCGUUAACAUCAAAAUAAAGUGUAGACUGUAAGUCGAAACGCGAUUCGGUUCCUCCGUUUGCAGCGAUCUGCCUUUUCGGCUUCGAAAAGCAGCUGACAGCCGCUUAGUCCUUUGCCAUAGCAAAGUUCUGUAACCCAUGCUUGAACGUUAGGAUGACAGCCCUCCUAAAUCACUUUUACGAAAUCUAUGUCAAUCUGUUUCGGAUUUCCCCUACCAAUCCUUCCUUCCUUCCUGUUAUGUAGUCCGCGUGUGUAGUCAGUCGUGAUCCUUUGACAUGUGCGCGAUGCGUAUCUUAUAGGAAGACAGACACCCCAGGACAUCCAUUCAUGUAACCCCCCUCUUCCUUCACUUCCAAGCGGCCCAGGGAGCGGGAAAUGACCCAUUGACUUCUUGACCCAGUGACCCAUCCUGACAGGACAAUAGGCCAUCGGCAAAAGACUUCUCCAAAGCCCUCCGCACCACAGCCCCCUCGGGUUCAGGCACGUGCACACCAACAUUUCGAAAUUCGACACACCAACAUUUCGAAAUU